AUGCAUGCCGCUGCUGCCACGACUGUCGGAAGCCGAGUGGACGGCACGAGUUUUACUCUGGCCACGGGGCCACUCAUCGCAGACUUGUGCCUGCAUGGACGCUGUUGCUAUGGCAUUGCACUGUUGGUUGACCUGCCUUCUGGGUCCACUGGGUCCCCUGCUACGGGCGAGGACCCGACGGUCUAUGUUUUCCUUGACUUCCGUCCCAUUGGGGUGAGACCCUUUGGAUGGUGCCAGUCCUCAAAUAGCCUUCAUCUCCCAACGGUCCUCCGUGCACAUGACAAGGAGCUUCCCGGUAAUGUUGAAAUAGAGGUGGUUGGGAGGGAAACUCAGGGCUAUUACAUUGAUGUUGCCUCUGGCGACAUCAUCGUUUUUCGUGCUGUUCCUGAUAGCGAUUACAGCACGAGCAGCCAACAGCAAGCAGAUGGCGGGGACGAAGGGACGGAAUCCGGAACCGGUCAGGAUGAGGACCCCAUCGAUGAUGCAUCUGAUCAUGGGAGUGAUUUGUCACUCCGUAGCCGCUCUCCCAGAGGUGAUCACGGCCUGGAGCUCGCUUCCCUGACCUCAGCUCCGCCUGCGGACGUUGCUUCCAGUGGAACGGCCCCUUUUCCAGCAUACCUUCACCCGAGGAGAGCUUCUAUAAGUGCUGACGAAGCUGAAAAUUUUGCCCAGCAACUUAGAGGCAGCAGACCCAUCACUGUUUACGGGCACAGCGAGACCACAUCUGCGGGAUGUAUGUCUGCCACAGCCAAGACAUUUGCCCCCUGCACUUUCCAGGUCUAUAUCCCGGGCUAUUAUGUCCUCACAACCACGCCGACAGUUGGGCUGCCUUGUACUGAGCAGGAAGCAUUCCGGUAUGUUCGGACUUCCUUGGAGGGGAGGCUGCCACCCUUCUUUGAUUUCCUCUUUCCGACUCAGCCUCAGAUUGGGCGUGAUUACGGGUCUCUAGUUUUGGUCCCAACUUGGCAUGCUCCUAGUGGUAGGCACACCAUUGUCUUUGACAUGAGUGGGAUCGAAGGUCCCAUAUAUGCCAAGGUUGUCGUCAGUCCAAUGACCUUCUGGGAGUGCCAGCAGGAAGCAGCCCGACACUCCGCCGUGACGUGGAGUCUCUUUGUGGCUGGGUCGCUGGCCCCUCAAACACCAGGUGAGAGCUUCCACGUUGGGACAGGGUAUGUCCUCCAGUUCCGGCCGCUUCAUAGCACACCUGAAUGGUUUGGGCAUCUCGCCGAGCGUCUUGGCCACCACGUGCCGUGGCUUCCGGAUCCGGCGCUUCCUGAAUCUCCACCAGGCAACAGGCUUCUAGUUCUGCGAUCUGACCAGCAUAGGGUCUUUGACUUGGACCAGGUCGAUGCUGCUCCUUUGACCAGCCGUCUUGCUGAUCUUGUCGAGCGGACCGCGGAUGAUGUUCUCUUCGUUCGGCCCCUUGGCCAAUGCCACCUCAGGGACUAUUGCCACGAGGGGCUCCCAUGCCAGGGAGCGCUUGCCGUCUUUCCGCUCCGGGCGCUUCCGGGUCGCCAAGGGCGCCUUCUCUUCCUUGAUGGAAGACCGGCCAAUGUUGGGGUGAUCACUACCUACACUGAAGGCAUAGAUGACCUUUUGGGCUUUGCCGACUGGCUAGGGCUGCGUCCUCCUGCUUUGCACCAUGUUGUCUGUGCUAGAGUUGCUGCAGCUGAGCAGGGCAUGUCGCCUGAGGGGUCGGUCCUGAUCUUUGGCUAUCGCCUUAACUCGGAGCUCAUUUUAGAUGCGCCUCCACCGUCUUCUCUUGCCUCAGACGAUUCCCGGGGGGAGGGCGAGAGCGAUGAGGAGGAUGCACCGGACGACCAGGCUGGUGCUGACAGGGCGGAUUCAGUGUCGGCUAACUCGGAUCCCGGUGUGAGCAAUUCCAAUAAUGUUGGUUGUUCCGGUCAAGUAGCAGCUACCGACGGGCAGACAAGAAAGGAUCACUGCCCUGGCUGCUGUGCAUUUCCCCUCUUGUCGACCUGUCUCCCUGCCGAUGACGCCACCUCCGGUCUCGUUACCAUUACUAAGGCACUCGCGCAGUGUUGCAUUAGGCAGGCGUCUGCUUCAUUUGCUCUGCUCGACUUUACGUGCCGCACUGUCGGCAAAUUCCUCUCUGCGCCUGCAUGGUUAUCCCUACGAGGAUUUCUGCACACGGUUCAGCCAUGGGUGAGCAGGGACGAAGUGGGUCCGACAGCGCAGAUCUUCCGCCGCCUGGAGGGGAUUGGCACCGCUGCCUCUUCCUUAACGGGCUGGCGUCGUGUCUCUCAACUCUGCUGCUUGGAUUGGCCCGAACCCCUCUGGUGCCUUGACCUUCCUGUGCUUUGGUUCCUCGGCGUCCCGGCUGACAUCGCUGUGAAUGUCUGUGCCGGGCAGUUUCGGCUAAACUGUACAAAGCUCAUAGCUGGCUCCGCCCCAGCUGGUCGCGCAUGCAAAUAUCUCCAAGAGCCGCAGGGUCGCAGCCAGGCAGAAGGCAGGCAUCUUAAUGAUCUGCGUUCCAUCACGCAUGCCUUAGGAGGACAAUGGCUGCCUAGCCUUCCCCCCUUGAUGGAUUUAGGGGGCAUUGUCGACUCCGAUGCAUCCGGUUCCGAUAGCGAGCACAGCGACCACACCCAGUGGAUCCACUACGCGGUGCUUAAAGAGGGUUUCCGCGCGGAAAACGCCACUGUCGCUAUCCAGGUCCCGUGCACUGAAGAGGAGUUAGUUGUGGCUCUGCAAGCUGCCCGAUGCCCCUCUAUCCGUAAUGUCUUCCCCUCUUUGCUUUCUAUCCUGCCGCAGCCGCGACCGGGCACUGCUGUUUUCUUGGCGGCACCGAACUGGGAUCGCACUUGCCACGGUGUUUGCCUCGAUACCUCUCUCUUGGAUCGACGCCUCUUUACCGCAUCUAUCCCAGAUUAUGUCUGCAGACAUGAACUUGUCCAAAUCGCGGGUCUUCCGCACUCGCUUGAUAUGGAUAUUUGGCUUGUGCAUGACGAGAUGUUGCUGACAACGGAGGAGCCGGUUCAUGUUUUUCCGGGUGCCCUUAUUUGCUUCCUCCCGGCUGCGUAUCCUCCCCCAUCACUGCCUGUCUUGGGUCAAAUGCUUCUGAGGAGGGUUGUUGUGACACCAGAUGCCGAGGUGCCCGCCCCGUCCGUCGACAGUGCCUACUGCCUUGUGACCCAUGACCAUUGCGGCUUACACCUGAUCAACCCUGAGGAACAUAUCAGGUACAGGAGUAGCAUUGCAGAGGCGCUUCAGAUUCACAUACAUAGGCUUCGACUCUUCGCGGCAUAUCCUCGACAAACUGACGUGGCCAUUGAAGGCACACCGUGCCGGAAUGUAAUUGCGGUGGCGGAAUCCAAUGCUGAUGGUGGGUUUCGUGGCCACUUGGUUCUCCUGGACUGCCGUGCCUUAGGGCAGCGCUGGCGCUUGCAUCACGUUUCUAGAGGGCGGCUCGAUCUAGAUGCCUUGUUCCAGAGUUUCGAUGCACCGCGAGGAUGGCAGGUUGCUGUUUUGGACCAGGAUGAGCAGACGGGCCUCCAAAGGACUGUGCCAGGACAGGUUUUCAGGCUUGGUUAUGUUCCGCAACGGCUGGCUCUGUCCUCGGCUGCAUCCAGUUCCUCGUCCCUGCCAGUUGCACAGCAAACUCCUCCUGACAGACGCCUUGAAUUGGGCGCGUGGCGUGGGGACAUGUGGGGUAGCAUACCAGAGGAUUCCGAGGAGCUCGACUUUGCCGCUGGGCCCUGCGUGGAUCAGGGGGCUACCACCAUGCACUUCCUUAUUCUCUCUCCGGAAUAUCAGGAAGAGAUUGUUUCUGUGGCGGCUAGGCUCCCAUCCACGACUGCUGACAUUCUUCCCCUUGUUGCCAGAGAGAGGGAAGCGGAAAGGGCGCAUCUCUUUCCACAAAUGCUCCCGGUCCAGGUUCAGCCUCCUUUCUCCUUUGCGUGUUUAUUGGCCAUUCCGGCGUGGCCCGCUGCCGGCAUACCAGUGCUAUUUGUCUUCUACCACAGCCCUGUACGACUCUUUGCGGAAUUCGUUCCUGCCAGCCUCUCCGUUGGAGAUGUUUUUCGUCUAGUCGGGAUCCCGGAAGAUGCCCAGACGCAGAUAUUCGUCAAAGAUGUUCCCUGGGCUGUGCCGGCUGAAGCUCGCAUUUUUGUCCAGCCUGCUUCGAUGAUCAAGGUGCGAACGCACGGAACUGCUACGGCGUGGAACUCUGGGUUGCCAAUGGGUGCGGUUGGCCUCGUCAUCAGGUGCGCGCUGAAUGGUGGCGUACCACGUCUCGCUUAUGUACCCAGGUUGCUAACCCCGGCGGAUGGGUUUUCCUGCUGGACGCUAAUUGCAGGAUACCGCUGGUUCGCCUGGGUGGAUCCGGGCAUCACGGCUGGGCAUGCCACUGCUGACCACUUUGCGGCUGUGGUUUGUUGCACUUUCCGGCAUGGCAGGAACCCGGGCAAUGCUCAUAAGAUCGAGAGGAUCCUUGGCCAUGUCCCCGAGCUUCCGUGGUCCCUCAAUGUCAACGACCAUGCUGCGGUGCUCUCGGAGUAUCUUUUCACUGAGCUUGCGAACGCGUUUCCGCUCUCCGCCAAACGCCUUCGUGGCUCCUUUUUCUCUGAAGACACCGCCGCUGUUCAUGCACAGAUUGCCCGGCUUCGGCACGCCCUGAGGGAUCGUCUCGCCGCUCAAAGGCUGUCCUAUCUGCGGUGUGCCUUUGACUCGUGGCGCAGUCCUGAUUCCGAGUUUGGCGCCCUUCUUGCCGGCAAAUGGUCCGCGACCCUGCAGACUGUCAUUGCGCUUAUCGGAAGACAGAUCAGUGUUCUUGGCAAGGACUUGCGACGACGUUGCAGAGCUGACAAGAGGGCUCAUCUUGAGAGCCUAGCCAAGGACGUUGAUCAGGCUCGACCGGGCGACACACAGAUCGCGCUUAAAAGGCUGCUCCGGCCUCGCAAAUUCCGCCGGGGUGGCCCAAUGCCGCUCCCCUUUCUUAAGCGCACGGAUGGGACUGUCUGCCAGUCUUUUGAUCAGGUGCAGGAGGAAUGGCGUAGGCACUUUGCCGAGAGCUGGAGGGCGGAGUUUGUGUCGAGGCAGGCUGCGACUCCGGCCCGGGAGACCCUGGAUUGCGGACUCAUCCCCAGCCUUGUGGCCCUACGUGAUGCUUUUCGGAAUGUUAGCGCGAUGAAGGCCACUGGACCAGACGGACUGCCGCCUGCCCUCUGUGCACGAUUCCCGACCUCGCUUGCCACCGUCUUCUGGCCUGUGCUCCUGAAGACGCUUUGUUAUGGAUCCGAACCCGUUGGCUUUAAGGGUGGCAUUCUGGUACAGAGCUCCCUGGAAAAGGUGCUCCAUAAGGUGCUACGCCCCGUCGCAACUGCUGAGCUCAAUCGCCGUGCUCUCCCUUUGCAGAUUGGCGGACGGGCGGGGCUGAGCCAUGGCAUCGGUUUCUACUGCACCCGCCUAUUCCUUGACUUCGCGCAGCAACGCAACUUGUCUGCUGGCAUCUUGUUCUGCGAUCUGGCUGCAGCCUACUAUGCCAUUGUGCGGGAGACCCUGGUUGGCAUUGAUACGGAUUCGUGCUCGAUUGUGGACAUUGCAGGCCAGUUGCGGGGAGCUACUCCCUUCCCUUGCCAAGGCUCCAGCUGGGCUGAUGUGAUGUUCAGCCUCCUCUUCGCAAGGGUACUGGAAAGGCGUGGAGACUUUUCCGAGCAAGGUUUCCAACCUGUGAUUCCCUGGUCUGGCAGCCGUCGCCCGGUGGCGUAUGACGCUCGACGAGCAGGUCAGGUUGCCACGGUUGUGCAGGAUGUGGUUUAUGCUGACGACUUAGCCACCUGCCUGGUUGCUCCGUCUGCCGCGUCCCUUUCACAAGCGGCCAGACACAUAGCUGGUGUUUCUGUCGACACACUUCUGAGCCAUGGACUGCGACCAAACAUCGGUCCCAAAAAGACGACCGUGCUCCUUGCUCAUAGAGGAUCAGGUGCCAGAGCCGCCAGGGAAGCCGUUUUCACGCGUGCCAAAGGUCGGUUACCUGUGCUCUGUGAAAACGUCGACGCGAUUUUGCUCGACGUUGUCCCGCAUUAUCGACACCUGGGCUCGGUGCUCUCCUUUAACGGUUCCAUGAUCCCGGAAGCCAGGGCCCGAGUUCAGCAUGCCAAGCAGUUAUUCAAGGAGGGACGAGCUACUGUGUUCUGCACUCCCCAUAUUGCUCUGGCUAAACGAGUUGCGCUGUUUCGGUCGCACGUGUUGUCUGCCAUGUUGUCCGGAUGUGGUGCCUGGCCCAGUCUUUGCAAGUCAAGUUGGAGGGCCCUUGAAUCCUGCUACUUUACUAUGCUCCGCGCUAUGCUGAGGAUCCCGCACGCCUCCGCGCAAAAUUGGACCACUGAACGGGUUCUGGCCCGGAUUGGAUUGCCUGACCUUUUCGGGUUGGUUUCCGCUGACCGGCUGCGCUUCCUGGCGCAGCUGGUCAGGAAUGGCCCUGAUGCUGCGUUUGCACUUCUGCAACACUCGCCGAGGGCAUUGGAGGCAUUCCGCUCUGCUGCGGAGUGGUUUGUCACAGCAUGUUCCUCCACAUCAUGCCUUCGUGCGCUUGCCGACACUUGGGACGAUUGGGUCGCUGUCUUUUCCACGCCGCGGCGCUUCAAGGGGCUCCUUAAGCGUGCCACUGCUUGGCAUGUUGGGGCCCUUGAGUCUCUUGCUGCUUUCCAGUGCUUCUGUCGGCAGUACUGGUCGCCCGUCCCUGUUGCCCCUGUGUCAGUUGAGGUUGCCACGCACGCAUGCUUGAUUUGCGCAGUCGCCUUCUUCGACUUUCAUUCCUGGUCCGCGCAUGCUGCAAGGUCCCACGGCUAUCGGUCUCGAUCACGUCGCUUUGCGCAUGGUUUGACUUGUCGGGCUUGCGGGGUGAAAUUUGCGACCUUGAGGCGACACCAGCGGCACCUCAUUGAUUCCGUGCGUUGCUGCCAAGCAGUCGAGAUGGAUUUACCCACUUUGCUUCCUGUGGAUCACUCCGAGGCCGGCCACGUGCAGAGUGUUUCGUCUGCGGGGGGGGACUUCACCCUUGUGCCUGCUGCUGGCCCUGAUAUCUCUGCUGCCCUGUUGGCGGCCCUUCGCGAGGGGUGCUUUGACUCUGAUACGGCGAUUUUCGAGUGCGUUAAGUCUGCCGUUGAACCGUUUCAUGUUCUCCGCAACACGUUGAGCCUUUGGAUUUCUGAGCUUGGCACAGGGCAGCUCUUUGAGUGGGCAUCCGAUGUUCUACUCUGUCUGCAGGUCGACCUGCUUUGCGAUUCGGCCUCUAGGGCUCGGCGGGACGUCAAGGUUCCUGAGGAGUUCUCUCCUCUGCUCCGUGGGUUUCCUGUUGCGGAGAGCUGGACGGGGUUGCACUUCCUCACAGACCGUGACUGCUGGACUGCCGACUUUGCAUUUAUGGCCGGAGAUCUGCCGGCGACUCGCCGUAUCCAGUUUUGGCAGCCGCCCCCUUCGGAUGCGUGCUUUGCUGGACUUUCGCUUGAUGUCCCGGCACCUGCUCUUGUCGUCCCGCUUGCCUGGGCUCCGGCGUCGUGUUCCCUGCGGGCUCUGCGUGGCCACAUCAAAUGGCUUCACCUCCUCCUCGCGUGGCUGGGAUUCGCCAUCACCCUUGCGGAACUGGGUC